AUGCUUGUCACUUGUGCAAAUUUUAGAAUAAGCAUCAACAAUCUGUUAGGAUUUUUAGGUGAUUGUUCCUGUCUCUCUCUCUCUCUCUCAUCUUCCUCUACUCAGUUUUAUGUUUUUCAGUUCUUCCUCUACCCCUCAUUUGCCUCCUUUGUUCUUCCUCCUCCCUUUGUUUGCCCCUCUUUCUCUCCCUGUCAUUUGCUUUUGUUGUUCUUUUCUCUCUCCCCUCUUCCUCUCUCUUCCCCCUCUUGUUAUUCCUCUCUCUUCCCCCUCUUGUUAUUCCUCUCUCUUCCCCCUCUUGUUAUUCCUCUCUCUUCCCCCGCUUGUUAUUCCUCUCUCUUCCCCCCUCUUGUUAUUCUCUCUUUCCCCUCUUGUUAUUCCUCUCUCUCUUCCCCCUCUUGUUAUUCCUCUCUCUCUUCCCCCUCUUGUUAUUCCUCUCUCUCUUCCCCUUUGUUAUUCCUCUCUCUUCCCCUCUUGUUAUUCCUCUCUCUUCCCCUCUUGUUAUUCCUCUCUCUCUUCCCCCCUCUUGUUAUUCCUCUCUCUUCCCCUCUUGUUAUUCCUCUCUCUCUCUCUCCUCUUGUUCUCUUCUCUCUCUCUUCCCCCCCCCCUCUCUUCCCCCUCUCUCUCUUCCCCUCUCUCUCUCUUCCCUCUCGUUCUUCCCCUCUCUCUCUGAUCCACUUGUCUCUCUCUUGUUCCUCUUUCCAUCUCUAUAAAAUAUUUUCUUCAUUUACUUUCUCUUUAUCUUUCUUUAUCUACCCCUCUACUGCCACAAUUUAUUUUCCCUUUCAUAACUUUCCAACUCCAACCAUGAUUACUGAUGGGUUUCCAACUCUUCUCCCUAUCACCUCUUUUCCAUCCUUCCUCAUCCACCUCCUUCAACAUCUAGCCACCCCCCACUGCUAA